ACGUUAUAUGAUGUAAUAUAAUUCUGUUGUUAUCCCGAUUACAUGGCGUCUUCUCCUACAGAAGAUAUACGACGAAGCUUUAAAAGACUUACUGUAGAUCAGUCACGGGACGGUCACAAGACGGACGAGUUUAUACGCGAUGAGUGGAGAAGUAUUCCUACAACUUCUGAGGAUGAGAAACUCAAAACGUCCCCAGUAACGAAACAGAGAAAGACAGAACAAUGUUACACUACAACGCGUCACGCGACCCGCCAGUUGGAUCAGCGUGAACAGUGUUUCACUCGCCGUGCCAUACCGUACAUCAGUCGUCCAGUCCACAGUAAACUUUCGUCUCGCUGCGUUGCGAGAUCUGUGACAAGAAUGAAGAGUUGUAGAGAGGAGUGCGUUCAACCUAACAAUGUGUCUGUUAAUGAGCUAGCUGCCUAUCUAGAUAACUAUUUGCACAUACCUAAGGAAAUGUCACACAUGGCGGAACUGAUGUACACAUAGUAACUACAGUUGGAUGAAGAAUUUAGAAUUAAAAAAGUGUGUUGUGUUAGAGACAGUUUAGUGUUAGAGAUGGGUUAGUGUUAGGUUGUGUUCAUCAAAGGAUUUUAUGACAGGAAAGAUAUCAGGAUAUGCUUGCA